AUGACUCUUCUACCUGGAGAAAAUUCCGACUAUGACUAUAGUGCCCUGAGCUGUGCUUCAGAUACUUCCUUCAACCACACAUUCUUUCCAGAAACAGAAACCCUUAAGGGAGUCUUUUACCAAAGAGCCAAGCUGAUUCACCCUCAAGAAGAUGUCCUGAAAGGCUUUCACCCUGAUGAUCGGAAGCAUCAUAUCAUUAUAAACGUAGGGGGCAUUAAGUAUUUGCUCCCAUGGACCACGCUUGAUGAAUUCCCAUUGACACGUUUGGGGCAACUAAAAUUCUGUAAUAAUUUUGACGACAUUCUAAACAUCUGUGAUGAUUACGAUGUGACAUGUAAUGAAUUCUUUUUCGACCGCAACCCAGGGGCAUUCAGGACAAUCCUGACCUUUUUGCGAGUUGGUAAGCUGCGGCUCUUGCGUGAGAUGUGUGCAUUGUCUUUCCAAGAGGAGCUGCUUUACUGGGGAAUUGAGGAAGACAGCUUGGACUGGUGUUGCAAAAGGAGAUAUCUGCAAAAAAUGGAGGAGUUUACAGAAAUAAAUGAACGGGAGGAUGACCUCAUAGAUAAUGAAACAGGUGAAACAGUAGAGGACACAAAAAUUGGCUUGUGCAUGAAAAAGUUGCAAGACAUGGUGGAAAGGCCCCAGUCUGGCCUCCCUGGAAAGGUGUUUGCUUGUUUGUCUGUUUUAUUUGUAACUAUUACAGCAGUGAACUUAUCCAUCAGCACCAUGCCUGACCUGAGGGAGGAGGAGGAAAAGGGUGAGUGUUCCCAGAUGUGCUACAAUAUUUUCAUUGUGGAGUCUGUCUGUGUGGCAUGGUUUUCCCUGGAAUUCCUGCUAAGAUUCAUCCAGGCAAAGAGCAAGUUUGCAUUUUUGCGGAGACCAUUAACCCUGAUAGACAUAAUAGCCAUUCUGCCAUACUACAUCACUUUGCUAGUAGACACCACUUCGGUGGGCUAUAAAAAGCCCAGCUCUGGGAGCAUCUACCUGGACAAAGUAGGUCUGGUCCUCCGUAUUCUCCGUGCCUUGAGGAUUCUCUAUGUCAUGCGGCUGGCCAGGGACUCCCUGGGGCUGCUGGGGCUGCCCGCCCGCCGGUGCACCCGGGAGUUCGGUCUCUUGCUGCUCUUCCUCUGCGUGGCCAUCGCGCUGUUUGCACCGCUCCUGUAUGUCGUCGAGAACGAGAUGGCGGACUCGCAGGAGUUUACGAGCAUCCCCGCGUGCUACUGGUGGGCCGUCAUCACCAUGACCACGGUAGGCUACGGAGAUAUGGUUCCCAGGAGCAUUCCCGGCCAAGUGGUGGCACUAAGCAGCAUCCUGAGUGGCAUCCUCCUCAUGGCAUUUCCAGUCACCUCCAUCUUCCACACGUUUUCACGCUCCUACAUUGAGCUAAAGCAAGAACAGGAAAGAAUAAUGUACAGGAGAGCACAGUUCUUAUUAAAAACAAAGUCUCAGAUAAGCAAUGCAUCACAAGGGAGUGAUAUUUUAUUCCCCAGUGUCUCUUCUGAGACUAGGGACAAUGAAUGA